AUAAUCUUUAAAUAUUAAUAGAAUAUAUGGAAUUAAAAAAAUAUUAAAUGCAUUGAAAAUGGAACUGCAUGGUUUUCUAUCGUGAAAAUUUCAAUUCGUAAUAACCUUUUGUGAGACGAAAGAGGGGGACAGACAGUGUCAAGUGUAACCUUGGAUGUGAUAUCUUACGCAUAUUGAAAGGGAACUUGAGCGCUGUUAUUAUCGGGUAUGGUGUUACAGUCGUGGUCGUGGUGUGAACGCGCGUGGUUCUCUUUCGUAGAGGUUUUGAAAACUGUCAAAGUAGACAGACGAAAGGAUACAAGUGUUUUCUUAUUGCAGAGUGUCGUUUUAUUCUUUUUUGUUCAAUGAUACUUUACAAGUUGUGCAUUAGUGAUUCGUUGUAUUUGGUUGUCGACGUCAAAAGCGAAAGUGGAUUGGAUAGUCGCUGAUAUGACUUGUCUUUUCGAAGAAGACCACAAUAUAGUGCUGGAUCUGAUAAAUUAUAAUAAAUAAUCAAAGAAAAGCCAACAAUCAGCCAUCGAGAAUAAAAACUCCAUAUGCACUCAGAAUAAAAAAUGAUUGAUAUAGCGUUUAAGAGAAAUGGAAAAUACUUUAAUCUGAAAUGUAAUAGUAAAAAAUAAUUCUAACCAAAGACUUGACGAAGUAAAUACGUCAUUUACCAAGAAAAAGUGAUAGCGUCGUCAGCUAUUUAUCAUUUCUUCCUCCCUUCGCAAGUUAUUAUUUUAUGCGCACAUUUACGGAAGCUAAUCAGAAUGCUACACAAUAGUUAGAAACUGAGCGGGACCAAGUCUAUUAACCUAUUGAACCAUGAAUUGUCGAAGAGAUUUCAUGGGCAGUUCAUUUCAGAUGAAAAGAAGAAGAUCGUCAAUUGCAGAUUUAUAAACGCAUUCUUUUACAAUCUUGUCAAUUGACCAUAUUUGACGAGUUACUUUCAACAAGGAAGAAACGUGCCGGUGGUCGACGCGCGAGUGUUUCCGUGCGAGCUUCAUGGUUCGAUUGACCCAGUGAAUAAUCACGAGGAACGGAAGAAAAGAAGAACCGAAAAGGGGGAAACGUUUCUCAAGUGGUUGUGCGUUUUGUUUCGUGGCAAAAUGUGCUGUGGCCAGCUGCAAUGCGCGGACGAAACGUUCGACACGAGUCUUGGUUGAUCGUUUUUCGUGAAGAUUUCCCCAGUAUCAGUAUGUCCUAAUGCUAAUGUCGAGGAUUCGUCGAAUUUCGACGUCGGUUUGCUGGUGCUACCCCGUAUUGCUGUGCUCAUUGAAUCGCUUUGUUUGAAUGGGGUGGCGGUGAACGACCGUUUCUAGGUCGGUUGAGAUCCACACGGGAGCUUAAUUGACGCGCAUCGAGGGAUUCUAGGAGCGGGUCGUAGGCGAAAUUGGGAUACCGAACGCAGACCUUUUCGCGCGGUACGCGGGUUCGGGACAAAGCUUUCCUCACGGAGGCUUUCCGCGUCGCUUGGGAAACGACGUUUUUCUUGCUUCUGCGAUCUUCGUCAGUCAGUGUCGAUCGUUCCGCGUCAAAUCCGUAAACGUCUCGUGCAACCAAAAUUAGGUCACUGGAAGACAUAUUACGACCAUUAGCAUCCAGUAGAAUCUUCAACGGAAUUGAUAAAAAAUUUAACAGAGAGUUGAUAGGACGAAGUUAACUAAUAGAAAUUCGCUGAUAUAGGAACGAGUGUUUCGCGAAAACUUUGGAAUAUAAAGUCGACAUGUUUUGUUUCCAAACGCCGUUCACACGCGCGUCACGCGUGCUCGUGUCCUCCUUAUCUUCCAACAAGACGAAGACCUCCUCGAUGAGCAUGAUUCUUCCAGCGAAUAAGACUUCGGGCUCCAAGUGUGACAGGCAAGACUCGGAAGCGACGAGUGAAGGUUCCGGCUCUUCUAUCGGCUACAUUGACCAGGAACCAUCGGUCUCUGAUACGAGCAGUACCGACAGCACGCUUCCGGAUAUCAAAGCGGAUUACCUCGAUCCUGAGACUUUGUCACCUGGACCUGAUUCUCUGAUUGUACCAGCUUCCAUUGUCAUCGUGGAGAAUGGAAUAGACGAGCCAAAUAACAUACUUGCGGAGGAUAACGAACAGAGUCACCAUGCGACCCCUUCCUCUUCUCCUGAGAAGCAGUCGUACAGCAACAGACGGUCCAAGAAGUUACUGCUUCGUCUACGUUCCGAUUCUUCGACAAACAAAGAGGACAGCUUGGACACGGUUGAUGAUUCGAUCGAGGCUGUGUCGGUGGCUUCGAAUAAAGAAGAAGAACAUAGAGAUGAGGAGAAAGAAUAUAAGUCUGGAGAAACUUUACUGACGACUUCUUCGUCGUCGGUGCUGAUCGACUCUGUAGAUACUGAAGAAGAUAUUCUAAGAAACUCUAGAAUAACUGCAGCUUCUGAAAACGAUAUAUCCUCGUUGCAGAACGUGUUCAGCGAGUCAGAGAAGGAGAACGUGUCCAAUCAGGAAACGGAAACCGAGACGGAAGAAGGAUCCUCGUUACCUUUGAGUCCCGCUGGCCCGUCAACUGGAGGUUUAUCUUCGUCGACAGUACCUUAUUACAAUUUUCUCUGUGUUAAUGGUGGAUCUAUGCGCCAGGAGAUGACCAGCACUAGCUCUCCUCAGUUGUCUUCGGAUAGCAAUCACAGAUCCUGCGCUGAAUCUACUGCAGUUGAUGCCUGCAGUUCGUUUAACGUUGAGAAGAGCUCGAGGAUAGAUACGUUGAAGUCAGAAGGCUUGGAAAGCACGUUUUGCCUACCUGCAGCAAGAUCUUGCCCUAAUUUGGAGAGACAGAGCGCUGGGUGCUCGCCAACUAGCGGAUCCUCUUCUUCUAGUCCUAGUCCAGGGCCUGUCGGGCCUAGAUUUAAACCUAUAGAGGAAGGAGACAUUCAAGUGUGUUUUUUGAAUUAUACCAAUCUCGUGAAGAAGAUCUUGUCAAGUAAAUAUCUGAGGAGGUGGGAGACGCAUCAUCUUUAUUUGAACGACACCUGUAUCUCGUCGAAAACGAGAACGGGAUUUUUUCGACAACCAAUACCUUAUAAUAACAUGUCGGAUAUACGGAAGUAUGCUGUUACUCGAUGGGAUCCUACUUACAAGAACUGCCUUAGCAUAGUUCUGCCAAACAGUUCUCUUCUUCUCCAAGCGAAUAAUGCUUAUACUAGGGACCAAUGGUAUCAUUCGAUACUAUGGAAGAGGAGUAUCUUUAAAUAUCAGCAUCUAGUAUCUCUAAAUACCCGAGAGGAAGUGAUCAUCAAAGAAUUAAAGUCAAUGGUUGAUUUCGCGUUAUGGACGUCGCUCCAGGACGAAAGAGUGUCUGUAGCGCCGUUAGAAGCUGUUGCAAAGCAUCUCGAAGAUUCGGCCGUCGAAGAUCCAUCAGAGAAACAUUCGGACAAAUCGACAGAAGAAGUGUCUCGAUAUCGAAACGAUCGAAAACAUUGGGCUGAAGCUGUUCUCUCCGUGGUAUCUCCUCUUUUAGACAAAGUUGCCCUUCCAGUCUGUUUAACGAGGGUUCUUGUGAAGCUGGCACAACAGCAUCCACAGUCGUCCUUGGUCACAGCCAUAAGUCCAGCGAUCACGAGAUGCCUCAAGCAUACUGUGGAUUUUGGCAAAUCCCUGGACAUGAGGAAACUAUUGCAAGUGUUUAUAGCUUCUUUAUAUGCAACGGAUGGAGAGCAAGCGAUCAGAGAUUAUAUUGCUUCGGUUCACGGGCCUGGAAGCGACUGUCCUCACCCGAGGAUGCUUCCUAAUUUGGUGUCCGUUUGCGUCGCAGCAGUUUUCCAUAGAUUCGAAGUGGCUAAUCGUUCUUUGCCGGAAAACGAAAAAUCACCGACUUUGCCUCCAUUGGAUUGUUACCUUCUGGUGCUAAAUAUCGCAUCAGAAUAUGCCGAUUGGAGGCCAGAACUUGGCGCUUUAUUGCAACCCGUACCAUUCCCAGAGGAAGCUUUUGCUAUGAAAGAGGUCCAACAAUCGAUAUUAAUGUGCGUAAUUAGCCGCUUAGCGAAAGACACGAGAUGCGUUGUGCAUCGUGUUUUACUUCCGAUUAGAGAACCCAGACCUGGAUGGAUUCAUAUUGCCGCACCAUCCAGUCCGGAUUGCCCUGAUCAAGGAGAAUUGUUUGGCGAAAUGUUAACUACCUUACUGGCGUGCUGUUGUCGAAGAAAGAAGUUCAUCAGCUGGCUGAUGAAACAAGUACGCGACGAUUGUAUACUAUUAGCAGUAAGAGGCUGCGAGGCUGCCCAAGAAGGUCUUUGUUUAAUGCUAGAGUGGCAUUUGCUGUCAAGCAAAGAAGCUAAAUUGCAAAUAGUUAGUGCGUUAGAGUCAACCACUUCAGGCAAGGAACGAUACGCAGCUCUUUGCCAGAGACAAAGGAAUUUGCAGCAACUUCUUCGGAAAGGAGGUCCUAGACGAUUGACGUUACCAGCCCGAGCGACAGACGCGGACGUUGCCCUUAUUCUGAGCGGCAGGGCUCUUGGCAGCUUGGAAUACCUCAGUUUGGCCUUUACCUCGGUGACCUCGGCCUGCGCCGAGCAGCUAAUCAAAUUACCAGCUUUGAGGCAUCUGAACCUGUGGGCCACGCAGUUCGGUGACGCUGGCCUACAAAUGAUUAGCGAACACUUGCAGAAACUGCAGGUCCUGAAUCUUUGUGAAACCCCUGUUUCUGAUAAAGGAAUCUCUAGCUUGGCCUCACUAACGAGUUUAAAGAAGCUGAACCUGAAUAGCACGAAACUGUCCGUUCAGACGUUCGAAUCCCUGAAGAAGUGUUUGCCAGCUCUGCAAGAGUUCGACGUGAGAUACACAGACGCUUGGUAGCCAGAGCUUUCUUCCUACAUCCAGUCGAAUAAUUCCAACAACUCCAGUAUCAAAGAGAAAAGACAAAGUUAGACGAGAUUCAGACGAACGAAGAGAAAGGUUCGAGUGGUGAAAAUAAUUUGACGAGUCGUUGAAAAAUAUCGUGGCAUCUAGUGUAUUGCGUGCUGUUUUAUCGACGAAACGAAGAGAGUUAUUUAGACGUCAAAGAUGGCUCCCGUAUACGGGAGUAUACCGGGAGUCUUUUAGAGGUGUAGUUAAGAAUAUAGAUAGCUUGAGUUCUAAACGGGACAUUUUCCUCGUUUACACGAGAACAAAAGAUAUUUUCAAUCGUUGUUAAGAUUGACUAAAAAAAAAAAAAAAUAUGCACGUGUCUAGGACUACAAUAAAAGCCUGAAAGAAUAAGAUGAUUUUACUCGAUGAAGAAUCGAAGCGAGAAAACUUUCAAGAAGUAUCGUUAACUGCCCAAGAAUUGACGUUUCGAUAUAAAGAAAGAAAAAGAGCAGAUAAAAAAGGAGGAAACGUUCGAGGACACUCAUCGAAGUUAGAGUAGAAAGAGAGUGGAAAUUCGUAGCAACUCUAUAAAUAGUUGAUUCAUGUAGGAAUAAGAGGACAUCGAGAGAUCGUUUCCGAUGGCACAGGGACUUGCUCUUCGGCGACAGGAGUCCGAAUUAUUAUUCGGUCGAUCGCAAGUCUCCAAGUGCGUUGCCUUUUUCCUGAAUCCUACGCGUUACGUUUUAUUCCGAUUUUAAGCUGUUAACGUUUUUAAUUUGAAGAUAUAAUAUAAUUUAUCGAUAUAGUAAUAACGAAUAGAGUGUAGAUCGUUUAAUUCAUUAUUUGUAUAUUUAUUGAAUUUUAGUUUGUGAUAGAAUAUUAUUAAUUUCCUUUCGAUAUACUUGAUUCGCUUUAUUUCGUUCCUUGUAAAUAUUAUUUGAUAGACGCGUUAUUCUUGAAAGACGUUUCUUCGAAUGUGAUCUACAUAGUUAAGUAAACGUAGUUUUAUAAAGGGAACAGAAAUAUGCAUUUAAUUGAGAUUCGAUUUGAUUGCGCAGAUAUCAAAAGGAUACCGGAUAGAACUGACGAUGAGUGAAAAUAGAUUCCUGAUGAUGUAUUUUUAUUUUGGUUCGUUUUUAGUUAAACCAUCGAAUAAAACAGCCAAGAACUCGUU